AGAAUGACUUUCUCUUAACAGAAGUCCAUCCUUUUUGUUUAUCAGGGGGUCUCAGGUGGCUGACAUGGGCUGGGAACCCAACAAGGCCACCAUUAUCCUCAUCGACCAAAGGGACAGCAGACUUGGAAACUUCAAGCCCAGAAUAUUUAAAAAUGGGUGGUAAAAGCAUGAUUUGGUUCUUUUUAAACUGUGCUUUCUUCCUUGGCCCCUAUAAAUGCUACAUUUCUAAAAGAUCACUUUAGUUUUCUUUAAGAAAAGGAGUUUUCACAUCCCAAAGGCUGUUUCCAUCCAUUAAUUAAGCUGACCUGAAGGUCACAGGCCAUAAUCAAUGUGGGAGGAUGGGAGCUGCAGGUGCUAAUUGAUGUCCCCAAAGAGCAAUGCUGUCAACAAUCAAUAAAGAAGACAGAGCACUGGUAGAUUUAUGGCUUUGAUUUUGAAAAGGUAUGGGAAUGCCCAGUGAUGUUUUCCCUUGUACUCCUUUUGAAUGUUAAUGCUUUCUUGAAGAUGAUUUCAGACUCACUGCUAGGAUACUGCCUCUACUCACUGAAGCAGAAUCCUCUGAAGAGUUGCCGAGGCAGAACUGAAAUCAUGGCUCGCUCAAAGAAGCAGCUGUAUUGGCCGCUAAUGAUGCCUCACACAGAAAGACGGUGCCCCUUUAACUCGGGCUUUUAAUGGGAAGUUUCUAAGCCUGAAACAACAGCUUUAGAUCCGGGGUGUGCCAUCAGCUGCUCACAGCCACCACUAUCUCCUGCUUUAAUACAGCUUGGUCGGGAAGAAUGGAAACUAAAGAGGCUUCUAACUACCUGUAACUGUUCCACCAGGAAAUGGAUCAAGUGUUUGUUCAGCCAGACUCAGUAUUAAAAUUAGACAUUAUUUCCUGAGCACAACGUGAAUGGACCUGGCAAACAGAAGACACAGAUGCACUGCGUGAUGGGAAAAGCCAGUCAGGACUAAAAUACUGCUAUUACUUGAGCUCUCCGGGGUGCAGUCACCAUGAUCUCAGCAGACUGAUGAUGGAAGAAAAGGAAACCCGGAUGUCCUAUGCUCUGCCCUCCCUGGACAAUGGAUGGAGGACAGCCCAUCCCCUCACCCCUCGUGCCCCUCGGGAACGCGUCCUCAGAUUCUAGCAUGUCUCUGGAGCAGAAAACGACCUUUGUUUUUGUGGUUUUGUUGUUUAUUUUCUUGGGCAUCCUUAUUGUCAGGUGCUUCCGGAUUCUUCUGGACCCGUAUCGGAGCAUGCCGACCUCGACCUGGGCUGAUGGGCUAGAAGGCCUGGAGAAAGGGCAGUUUGAUCAUGCCCUCGCUUAGCAGGACUCAGGGCUCUCUUCCUGAGGAGGGGAAGUGGCUUGUGCCUGGGAAGGGUUCCCUUUAGUGACUAUUCUCAACAAAUCAGAGUUUAACAAAACUGGUCCUAGGACCACAAGCUGUUAUUCCAUAAACACAGAGCUGAAUUCAAGAAGUUUUAUUUGAGAACACUGGAAAUGAAAGUUUACAUUACUGACCCUAAAAAUAGGAAAGUUUAAACACUGUGUUUAGUCAAUGAACGAAUACUGUUGAGCGUGUUACCGAAAUCAAGAGCAGCAGUACUGACACAGACUUUGCUAUGAGACCGAGCAUUACCUGGCCGGAGCAGACAAUUCAAGGCUAGAAAAGAUCUGUCCUGAAUGUGGUGAGCAGACCAAGAAGAACCUGCCUCGCUCCAAUCAUGCGGCUCUGUUUGCUUUAUCUCCGAGGCGCUGGGGCCCUGGGCAGAGUAAAGAAGGCUGUCCUGGGAGGACUCAAAGUGGACUUACUUUCUCCUAACACAGGGAGCACUGAGAGGCUUAACUAAGAUGGUUUUGUCCUCAGUAAAUACGAGUGAGACUAAUAUCAUUUUAGUUUUCAAACAAAACUGAAUUAGAAAGUUACAGAAUUUUCCAAAACUAGGCCUCGUGUAUUCUCUGUGUUCAUAGUAAUAGCAUAUGUAGAGGUAGCUACACGUAAUUUGAAUUUAUUUACAUUAAUGAUUAACAUAGGUUACAAAUACAGCUUUGGGUUGUCUUUCUUUUUUAAGUAAAAAACCAACUAUGUAGAGAAGACGUUUGCGGUUGUAAGAGGAAUGUGCACUCUGAUUCCAAUAGCCACCAAAUAAAACUUUUCAAGAAACAGCAACGUCUCUUCUCAUCCCACCAAGAUGAAUGUGCUGGGAUGGUGCGUCAUUUUGAAUGCUGAGGAUCAACAUUUUUCUGAGAGAGGUGGAAAAAAGCAAAGAGCAUAAAAGGUCACCUAAUUCAUCCUUCUUCCAUUUCAGAAGGGCUCCCGAAAAUUGUCCUGAAGAGAUUAAAAUCUAUUCUAAGAACUAAGUGCAUCAGUAAGGAAACUGUGAACACCUCAUUCUAAUGUGCAUGGGAAGGAAAAAUCUUGUAUCUGAGUCAGAUCCCUUUAUCAGUAUUUAUAGUCUCUGUCUUCUAAUUUUCUCCAUAGUUAACUAUCAUUUUUUUAUUUAAAAAAUCUUUAGUAAAUUUUUUUUAUUUUUAUA